GUCUUAGGUGUGUAUCCGCCUCCACAACUCCUCUUCCAACACCUUUAUUUUCAGGAGGUCAUGGAAUAGAGUAACUGAAACAAUCCGUAGGCAGCAGGCUGUUCUGUUACAAUAAGUUCUUCGUUAAAAAUGAAGGUACCAGAGGAGGAAUCGAUGAGUGAUAUUCUGAAAAGGUUAACUGGCGAGUCCGCGCUGCCUGUUUACAGCAACAUCGAGAAGUUCAAGCGAGGGAAGGACGGCUCGUACUUCGUUGCCGAGGAAUUCAGCGAAACUGUGAAAAAAAGAGAAUUGGUCAACGCCAAGGAGCGACUGAGAAUUAGGAACCUGAAUACUAUGUUUUCACGCUUGAAACGCAUGGUGCCACUAAUGCGACCAGACCGAAAGCCCAGUAAAGUGGACACACUUAAAGCUGCGACGGAAUACAUUCGAUUGCUUGUGGCAGUUUUGCGGGACGCUGACAGUGAUGAUGGCAGCGGGACUGAUUUUCUAAAGAAUGCAAUCACUUAUGGUCAGACUGAAGGCCUGGGUCAUGACCUGUGGAGAGUGGAUGAUUUCCUGAACAUGUCAGAGGAACGUGUUGAAGAUGGCUUCAUCAUGCCUCGAGAACCAGCAACAGAAGACGGAGAUAUGACCAGGCUGAUGUUGCAGCAUUGUGUGAUGCCUGCAUACCAAUUCAUCAUUCAAGUAGCGCCUGAUCAGAAUUCGAUGUCUCAAACCUGCUGAUUCGUGUUUAGAGCAGAUGACUUGGACCAGUAUUGGGAACCUGCCAGGGGCCUGUUGCUUUGAAGAAAAGAAUUAACUUGAAUGGAACAGAUUUUUAUUUGUCUUAUUUAAUAUAACUUCUGUAUUUAAAUUUUGUUAAAUGAAUUAUUCAUGUUUUUAUUUUCAUUUUACAAACUGUAUCAUUGGCAGCCCUGAAAUGAAAUGUGCAAGAAGGUUCUGUUUUUGAAAUUCCGUUUAAUGGAAUGGUUUGUUGCUUUCUGCCUAGGUGUAGGUCAUUUAACUACAACACUUCCAUUGUACCAAGAUUUAUGUUUUGUAAAUAUUAAAUUAAUAUUAUCAACUUUCACGAACUGUCCUUUGAAGGAGCAAAUUGUGCCAACACAUUUCCCUCCUUCCUAAUGUUAAGUUGUCAAUACAAUUGAAUUCUUACAUUAAAAGCUUUACUUUUAGAUUUGAUUUCCAAUCACAAUGUUGCUUAAUAAUUGUGUUUAUAAAAUACAACUGAAAAUAUCAAAAUACAAAUGUUAAUGAUGUGUUGUAAUUUGUGUUUUCAUUUCACCCUGUCCUUCCAUGUCAUUUAUGACAUUAGUAUUUGUUUUUUAAAUUGCUGCACUGGGUGAAGUAAGGGAAAUUUUAUGGGAACGUUUAUGCAUCCUUGGGCAAAUUGCAUAGUUUUUUGUGGUUUUAUUUUUAAAGAAGGUCAAUACAACCCCUGCAACAAGCAGACAUUAAAAUGGGCCUUUCUCUUCAAAUGUUAAUGUAAUUUUCAUUUCACAAAUUUAAAUAGAGAAUUCGGCAUGUGCAUCUGUUCCACUGGGAAUGUAGUCAGCCUUAAGACCAAUGUCACAAGCUGGAAUAUGUACAGAAAGUGUGACUACAUGUAUAUUUAUAAGUGCUUAAGAGUUAACCUGAAAACAUCUCUUUCAAUAUGUAUGUGAUUUCAGUAAGUAUAACAGGGAAGGUCUUCAGGUUCAGUCUUUUUUCUCCAGCCUACAAAUUUGGUCUGAAAAUGGAAAACAUUCCCCUUCUACAAAUAUAUAUGUAUAUUCCUAGUUAUAUUUGGAGAACCACUUUGACACUCCAGAACUCUGUUAUACUUGGUUUAGGCUACCUGAUGAUAAUUUACUUUUUGUAGUAUGAGUUGGUUGCCGUAUCUGCUCAAACAGUGAUGAAAGUUCAGUGAAAUUGACUUUUUUUUCAUUUUUGUUACCAAGUAUUUCGUAUUAAAAGGUGUUCUUAUAAUAUGUUUUGUUUUCAAUUAUUGUGACACUCAGCAACAUAUAGUUCAGAAAAUAUCACUAGUUGACUUCUGCAUUAUCAACUGUUUUGUUAAUGUGUGCUAAUAGAUG